UUUUAUUUUGACAAGUAAAGAGAAAGUUAAUAACACAUUUGGAUAUUCUUAUCACAAUAAUACUCUCUAGAAUGAAUUGAUUUUUAUCUGGAAUUGGACAAUUUGGGUGGUCUAAGGUGAAAUACAGAUGAGUUCUGAAACAGAUCUAGAUUUGGAUUCUUCAAUUCGUUUUAAUCAAAGUUUUCCCUUUGUUGACGUUUAUACAACUGCUCCAAAUGAUGGAAUUUUAUUCAUGAAAUUUUCUUGUCAAAAUGCUUUCGAGGACAUUCAAAAUAACACUUCUUGCAAAAACCAGACAGCGGAAGUGUUACCGAUGGAUUUGGUCUUCACGGACGAAAACAUGGUUACCAUUGUGGCGUACACGUGCAUGUUUAUUGUGGCGGCCUGUGGUAACCUUACCGUUUUUAUCACGUUGUUUAGGAAUCGUAACAUCAAGUCUCGUGUAAAUCAGUUCAUUUUUCAUUUGUCCAUUGCCGAUCUGGUGGUGACGUUUAUAAUGCUUCCUCUUGAGAUUAUUUGGAACAUCACAGUGGCCUGGAAGGCGGGGGACCCUGCCUGUAGAAUUCUCAUGUUUUUCCGAAUUCUUGGAUUGUACCUGUCGUCUUUCAUACUUGUUACCAUAAGCUUAGAUAGAUAUUUUGCCAUUGUUCACCCAUUGAGUUUAAACGACGCCGAUAAGAGGGGACGAAUCAUGCUUAUUUUGGCGUGGUGUUUUAGUAUUGUAGCCAGCAUUCCACAGAGUGUCAUAUUCCACGUAGAGACUCAUCCAAAGCACAAGACGUUUACACAGUGCGUGACGUUUAACUUUUUCCCGUCAGAUAAUCACGAGCUGGCCUAUAAUCUGUUUAAUCUGAUCACACUGUACGCCUUACCCCUACUCAUCAUUACCACAUCGUACUCACUCAUUCUCUGGGAAAUCUCCAAAAAGACUAAACAGUGCAAAGAGGAGACAAAAUGCCUUUCAACACGCUCGCGCCUGCGCCGUUCUUCGGUUGGGAACAUGGAGAGAGCCCGGAUUAGAACCUUGAAAAUGACCCUCGUUAUAGUCAGUGUGUUUGUGAUUUGCUGGACGCCAUACUUUGUACUGUCGGCUUGGUGGUGGUUCGACAGGGAGUCCGCGAGUCGAUUGGAUCCCAAAGUUCAGAGAGGCCUUUUCCUGUUUGCCGUGUCCAAUUCCUGUAUGGAUCCUAUUGUAUAUGGUAUGUUUACCAUUAACUUCAAACGGGAGUUUGUUCGAUGCUGUUGUUGCCUGAAAUCUUCCUGGAAACGUCACAAGCUUCAGCGACUUACCGGGAAAUUUCAGACGUCCACAGGGGUACAGCGGGGUCCUAUCUCCCACACAAUGUCCAACAACUCCAACCGCUCCCUCCAGGGGACCAACGUCGUCAAGUUCUCUGAUGACCCUGUCGGCUGCAGGAAUAACGGAAGUCCUAAUGUAUCACGUGACUUAAAACUGGCAAACAGCGGAAGCAGCCGAGCCAAUGUGAAUAACUUCAUGAAUGUUAACCUGCCUAUCAUACAGAAGACAGUUCCAAACGACAAACAGUAAAAACACUGUGAGAAAGUGUACAUUACAUGUUUAAUAAGCAAGUCAAUUAAAAUAACUAUUUUUUUG